GUCAGUGCCGGGCUGCCGCGCCGCUGCCGCCAGCAUGGAGCCGCACCGCUGGCUGCCCCUGGAGGCCAACCCCGACGUCACGAAUCAGUUUCUGAAACAAUUAGGUAUACAUCCUGACUGGCAAUUUGUAGAUGUUUAUGGUAUGGAACCAGAACUCCUUAGCAUGGUGCCAAGACCUGUCUGUGCAGUGCUACUUCUUUUUCCAAUAACAGAAAAGUAUGAAACCUUCAGAACAGAAGAAGAAGAGAGAAUAAAAGCAAAGGGACAAGAUGUCAAGUCAUCAGUGUAUUUCAUGAAGCAGACCAUCAACAAUGCUUGUGGAACAAUUGGUCUAAUUCAUGCUAUUGCGAACAACAGAGAAAAAAUGAACUUCGAAACUAAUUCUUCAUUGAAAAAGUUCCUAGAAGAUUCAUUGUCUAUGACUCCUGAAGAGAGGGCCAAAUAUCUAGAAACUUACGAAGCUAUUCGUGUCACUCAUGAAUCCAGUGCCCAUGAAGGUCAGACUGAGGCACCAAGUAUAGAUGAAAAAGUAGACCUUCACUUUAUUGCAUUAGUUAAUGUAGGUGGUCAUCUCUAUGAAUUGGAUGGGCGCAAGCCAUUUCCAGUAAACCAUGGGGAAACUAGCGACGAUUCUUUUCUAGAGGAUGCAAUAGAAGUUUGUAAGAAAUUCAUGGAACGUGAUCCAGAAGAAUUAAGAUUUAAUGCAAUUGCACUGUCUGCAGCUUAAGCCUUUUCCAGUGGGGCUGAUACAUCAUGAUGUAUUGUAACAAUAAAAUUCUUGCCAUAUGUUAAUAGUAGAGAUUUUGAUACUUCUUAACAUGUUUAACUGUAGCACACAUGGAAUAAACUUUGGAUUUGUCCUUGCUAUAUCUUGCUGCUUGUUCCUAAAGCAAAUUGAGUAUUUAUAUACACGCAUGCAUUUUGUGUAGGACUUCUGUGUGCUGGGGUGUUUUUUCCUCUCAGUCCCCCUUAAAAAAUGUGGGAGUUACUGUCUGAUAUUCCAUCUCAACUCUUCAGCAUAAUAAUGAUGAGCAAAUUCAGAGUAGGAUUAUUUAUAUCUAACACUUGGAGUGGAAUAUGUGGUAUGUUAAUGGGUAGAAACUUUGAAGUCUAAGGAUAUCUGCAUCUUUCUUUUAGUUAAAAUGAUACAAAAAUAUGAGAACUUUUGCAAGUGAUUCAGAAGGCAAAGGCUGUUUUUCACUGCAUUAUUUCUUAAGGCUCCCUGGCUCCAUUUCUUUGUUAGCAGAGCUGUUUCUAUUUACUGUUGGUGAGCACUAACAUUUUAAAACUAUCUUAUCUUUACAUUUUGAAUAAAAAUAUAAUUUUUCAUUUCAAGCCUAAUAACUUAAAUAAACUUCCAGAAGCUUUAGUUCAAGCAGUGUUUGCUAUUUGUGAAAUACAAUAUAGAUUUUUACUGGGGGGGGGGGAAACUGUUGUAGUAAUAAACACAAGUUCAAAUGCUAGGUCUGGGAAGGGAACACACACAGGUAAAAACAGCAAUGUGAGGUAUCUUGCAUAACGGAAAUAAAUGAUAGGAAAGUUUUCAUUAAAACAUUCAUUACUUACUUUGAAUGAAAUCUCUAGGAUAAAAUGAAAUAAAAUGAUAAAGUAAUGAAUGUUUUAAUGAAAUCUGUGUAAUCAUACUUUCUUAUCAUUUCAGUUAAUUGUUUUAAUGAAGUCCAUGCAAUAGGACAAAAAAAAAUCAUAUAGAUCUUGAUAGCUAUGGUGGUCGUGCUUUUUUUCCUUUAGGAAUAGCUAUUGUAAAUUUGUCAGGUGCUAUUACUGAAUGCUGUGAGAUACCCUUCCUCUACGCCUUCCCCUUCACUUGUCACACUGGAUCUUUAGGUACCACUGACCAAUUUUUAUACUUGGCUUUAGCAAUGAUUUUGAGGGCUAAGCAACCUUACGGUUUAUCAUUCUUGAAGGGUUUUUUCUGAGAUUCCAGAGUUGUUCCUUGACCUGUUGCUUUGAAGGGAAAUGAUUCAGGUUGGCUUCUAGUCAAGACUGUUGGCAAAAGAAACUGAUCCCUUGCUGUCCCAGACUGUGCUUUCACUCUCUAUCAAUUGUCAUUACAGGUAAAAUGAAUGGGAUUAUGCUAGAAGCAAUCUGGCAGUGUUUUCCUUCUUUGUAGAAAAGAAACAGGACUAGGAGGCUGUUUGUUCACUUCAGAACAUCUUUUGCGCUUUAAAGAAAAAGUCAGAGAGUGUCUGUGUGAAAAUGUCACCUUGAGAGUCCUCUGACAACAGUCUGUUUUUCCAUAAGUGAGAUGGUUAGAAAAAGUGAGGGGGGGAGAAGAACACCGAGCUUCUAUUUUCAGCAUUUUAUUUACCUCAAGAAAAUUCAGAAAACCUGUGCUACAGAAAACUUGCUUUACAUUUCCAUGUUCACUAGUAAAGCUCAAACUUCUUUUUUAAAUAAUAAAAAAGGCUUUAUUAAACAGA